CCGGUGCACGGUGUUUUGCCUUCACAACCUGCGCACAUUAGUUUUAGUUAAACAUAACGUUUUGGUAAGACGUUUUUCUUCUUAUGUGAUACUGGUGCUUUGACAAAUCUGACUUUGAUGGCCAAGAGACGCAAUGAGCACAGUCUCCAGCACGACUCUCGCCUGAAGAGAUGCUGCCCGUCCCUCAGCAGCGUUGAUGCGCAGCUGGAGAGCGUGUCUGCAGCCGCCGGGGCUCUGCCGUCCAUCCUGGCGCUGUUGGGGGGACGGCCAAGGAAGAGGCCGUACUAUUUCGACGGCGUUGAAGGGGAAUCCGCGCCCUAUCUUAAAACAGCACUCUGCUACUCCAAAAAUCACGCUGCCAAUGUUUUGACGGAGCCGAUGUCUGGAAGUGUGCAGGGCCGUCGCAGCUCCCAUCCAGCAAUCACACGCAAGAAACGACUUCGGGAUGACUGCGUUGCCUCAGAUGCGAUCGCCCCUGCCCUUAACAAGAAAACAGAAGCAGAUGAACACAAAGAAGACUGCACGUAUAACUCCUUCCAGUAUUGGAGGGUCCCUUUACCUGAGCUUGACCUUUCACUGCUAGAAGAUAGCAGUGACCAUUCCCAGACUAAAGGAAACGCAACAGUCUGUGACUCUUCUUCAGUGGCAAUGGAGACCUAAAGAUGAUAAUAGGACAUUAGUUGCCCUCUUGAGAUAAUCAUGCAGAAAUGAUGACAGUGUAAUGCUAUUACGCUGGUAGACACAGAAGUACAUUUAGGUUACUGGAAAUGCACCGUGGUGUAAAUGAACAGUUGAAUAUCCCGUAGUAGGUAACUAGGGAGCCUAAUACUGGUGUAUGUUGUGUGACUUCAAUGAAGCAACAGCACUACAGAGACAUUUUAUUAAACUUCUGUGAGGCAGCUCUUUCCCAUCCUCAAACUGCAGAGCCAACUGUUUUUUGUGAACAGAGAGAGAGGUGUUGAGCUGGGAUGGCUGCCUCAUGUUUUUCUAUGCGUUUAUUCAACAUAUGUGCAAAUGUCAGCUUUGCAGUCAAAUAGCUGUUACUACUUUUAACCACCCAAUGUCUUUCACAGUCUAUUUGGUGCAGCUAUCCUGGCAGAUCUGUUUAUAAAUGUUGUUUUGGGAAAAUGUAACGCAUUACGGAAGGCUUAAAUACAUGUUGUUUUAAAAUGUUAAAUGGUGUUACUGAUUUUCCUGUCAUUUUCAUUGGCAAUAAAACCCUUUUCAGUG